UAUUAAAACUUAAAAAAUAGGAAGUAGUUGUGUUUUCUUCAGAUUCGUAAAUUGUCUUUUCAUUUUCAGCUGUCGUCAAGUUAAAGCGAUUCUCGGUUUACUGUAAACCAAUAAAAGAAGAAGAGCAAUUUCCUAUUUUUCGAUCUUUCGUGUAAUUUAGCUGAUUUUUUUCGCCAAAAAUUUCGGUUCCAUUUCUCAAGACGCUGUUCAUCCAGAUAAAGGUGCAUAGUUUGUAGAUGGAAGGUGCUAUAGUUCGAAGGAUUAUUCCUUCAGAUAACAGUUGUCUCUUCAAUGCUGUUGGUUAUGUGAUGGACCAUGACAGAAAUAAAGCCCCUGAGCUUAGACAGGUUAUAGCUGCAACAGUAGCAAGUGACCCGACAAAAUAUUCUGAUGCCUUUCUUGGGAAGCCCAACAAAGAGUACUGUGAUUGGAUUCUUAACCCAGAGAAAUGGGGAGGUGCCAUAGAGCUUUCAAUAUUGACUGACUACUAUGGACGAGAAAUCGCAGCCUAUGAUAUUCAAACCACACGCUGUGAUCUGUAUGGGCAGGGAAAGAACUAUCAGGAAAGAGUAAUGCUGAUUUAUGAUGGGCUCCAUUAUGAUGCUUUGGCUAUGUCCCCUGCUGAAGGAGCUCCAGAGGAGUUUGAUCAGACAAUCUUUACUGUGCAGAGAGAUGGGACUGUAGGACCAGCUGAGAGGCUUGCUCUUAAUCUGGUUAAGGAGCAACAAAGGAAGAGGAGCUACACUGAUACAGCCAACUUCACGUUGCGUUGUGGAGUUUGCCAAAUCGGGGUCGUGGGCCAAAAGGAAGCUGUUGAGCAUGCACAAGCAACUGGACAUGUGAACUUCCAGGAGUUCAAAUGAAUGAAACCCAAAGGACAAGAAACCAAGCAAAAUAUAUUGAUUUCAUUUCUUUAUACAAGUGGAAACCAAUUUCAUGAAGGUGUCUGCAUGACUAAAAAGUUCUUCAAAUUUCAUAGGAAAGUGUAUGGUGUACUCAAUAAAUAAGUUAUGAUGAUGUAUUAGCUAAAGUAUGAAAGCACCCUGUUUAUUUUGAUGAUGCAGUUGUUGUGCAA